CCCACCCUGAAAUUAUUGACACCCCUGCAAUCGAGACCAACACAAUUCCACCUAUGUUGCCAAUUAACGUUUCCCCCCUUAAUUACUCCAGUCCCUUUGGCACCCAAGUUACCACCAACAUUACAGAGGCCAACACCCCCCUACCAACCUUACCUGGGACCAGUACGGGUUUUUGCUUGAAUACAUCAGCUCAAACCUUCAUUCCCUCUUCCACCUUUCAUUCGGAAAGCAGUUCCACAUCGGGACAAACGCAUUUGUCUCAGCAAUGUCAGAAUCCUACAAAUUUAUCAACAGGUUUCCCUGCAUUUGCAAUGCCAAUGGGAUCAAAUCUGCCAAGAGUGGCAUCCAGCUAUUAUAGCAACCACAAUCAGACCAGGAGCAAUUUGUCAACCAGUCCUAUGUAUACAACCCUAUCUGGACAUCAACCCACAGUCCCGUUGAUUAAUACAAGACCUUCCCACCAAGAUUCCACCAUUCGGCUAAAAAGGAUGGCCCUACCCACAUUCUCCGGACUUAGGAAAGACUGGCCAGAGUUCAAGGCAGUCUGGAAGUCGAUGGCUGAGUCUGCAAGUUAUAAUAAAACUGCAUUAGCACACGAACUUAAGAACUCAGUUAAAGGAGAAGCCAAACACCGCAUCAAAUCUGUUUUUGUCACCAAGCCCGAAGCUUACGACAUCAUGUGGGAAAAGCUAGAGUGUCACUAUGGAGAUACUACUGCCAGUGUACAAGCUGCUUUGGAAGAUCUUCAAAGGCUAAAACCUGUAAAAGAAGAAGAUUAUAAAGCUCUGGUUGAAUUAGUGGAUGAAGUUGAAUCUGCCUACAGUCAAUUGGAAGAGCUCAACCAGCUAAACACUUUAACCAUGCGAGCUGUAGACAACCUAACUGAUUUGUUACCUACCCAUCUUAAAGUCGACUGGAGACGAAAGUAUCGUGAUUUAUCGUCUGCGGAGAAGCUUCAACAAUUUACUCCGCUGAUGAAGUUCCUAGAGAGAGAACGUUCAGUUGUGGCUCGUUUAGCAGAGAAUCAGCAUUCUAAGAAAAGAGGAAAUGACAAUGCAAGAGGAUACAACAAAACCUAUCAUGUUGAAAGAGGUGCAAAACACGGACAAAGAACCUACUACAAGUGUGCCUUCCCCACCCACAGAAAAGACACCAUAAAUCAUACCACCGAACAGUGCAAAGAAUUCCAGAAAUUGUCCAUCAGCGGUAAAGAUGGCAGAUAUGAGUUGUUGAAGCAGGUAAACGCUUGUUUCAAAUGUUUUGGUAAUCAUAGGAAGCUUAACUGCCCCAAAAAACUCCCAUGUUCCUCAUGUGGAAGUGACCAACAUCAUUCCCUGCUGUGCAUCCCACCAAAGCUCAGCUCCCAAAAGAUUCCGAGGAGAAAUCGAAAACUGGAGAUGAUGGGAACAAGGAAGUAGCAUCCUAUACCGUAGGAAGUGAUUCAAUGGCAUUAUAUCCCAUCCACCAAGCGACCAUUAGUGACAGUGGUAAAAAAGUGUCCGUCUUCUGUGACGGAGGCUCUAACGCAAGUUAUAUCACUCAUCGUGCUGCGGAAAGAAUCAAAGCAAGGAAAGUUAAAAAACUCUCUCUUGACGUGACAACUAUGGGAAAUGUCGAGAAAACGUACAACACGUGGCAAUACGAGUUUCCAAUCAACACAAGUGCUGGAAAGAAAGUCACUAUUACGGCGUUUGGUAUCGAGCGAAUUACCGGACAAGUAAGCAAACUGGAUCCUGAAGUCCUGGUCAAGUUAUUUCCAGAAUAUGAUCCUGAAACACUCCAGCGAAAGUCAACACACGUGGAUGUCCUGCUGGGCUGUGAUUACUUCGGUCUCCAUCCAAAGCAAGAAGAAGCCAGAUGUGGUGACAAUCUAAGUAUCAUGAAUGGAGCAUUGGGGAUUUGCCUCCAAGGCGCCCAUCCAGAUCUGAUCGAAGAAACAAGAUAUGACACCAAUCUCGCAAAGAAAAUUCACGAUGUUAACGUGAAAGUGGAGACAUACAAGACACGCUUGGACUCACAUCCAGAGUUCCAUCCCAACCAUACCAGAGAAUGUUCUGUUAAUGUAUCGAGUUCCUAUAGUCACCGAAAGGACGAAAGCCAGAUUGACAAUUUUAUACAAGGAGAAGAACUUACCACCGAAAGUUCUCCACAAUGUGGUGGAUGUCGCUGUAAUAAGUGCCCUACUGUCGGACACACUUACUCUUUCAAAGAAGAACAGGAAUUAAAACUGAUUCAAGAAAACCUCGAGUACGACGAAGUUAACCAAUGCUGGAUAACCAGUUAUCCCUGA